AUGGGCUCCUCCUGGCCCAAUUUUUCCUUCCGAUGGCUGGGAAAGGGACGGAAGAAAGGCAAGGCUCGGGGGAAGAAGGCAAAACGAGCUGCACGGAUUCAAGAGGACACUUUUGGCCGGGCCACAGUCCGUAGUUUGGGGGGCUUCGCCCUGGGGAUGACCCUCUCAGCAGCCUACGGGGCCCUGGUCAUUUUUGGCCAAGGCUAUAGCAUCUGGUACUGCUUGGUGUCCACCAUCACGUUGGCCAUCGUCCUCGGCCUCGGCAUGGCGUUUUCCUUCAAAGUCCGAGUGACUGUCCUUCUCAUGCUUCCUCAGUUUUUUUCGAAAGAAGGCAAGACGGUGCUUAUACUGCUGGCGUUCGGAAUGGCUAUGGAAGGACCCUUUGCCAACAUCAUCCGGAAUUUCAACCGGAGCGCCGACACCGUCGCGUGUGGAGCCGAACUGGCUCUCAACCAGACGGCGGAAAUGCUGCAGCGAGCUCGCGAACCUCUGAUCAAUGCCUUAAAGAAAAUCAAAGAUAUUGCCCGAAAAGCCAAAGUGGUCGGGGACCGUGUCCGGAAACUUUUCCGGUCUGUUAUGGAUGCAGUGCGGCAUGUCGCUCACUGCAUGCGCAACGUUUGGUACUUCCUUCUCCACAUGGGCGACAUUUGCAACGAAGAAAUGGGCAGGCCGUAUCAGAAAUGCGCCCGCCUCUUCGACAGUGCCAAGGACAAGUGUGAACGGGCCAUCCCUUUCCUUUCCUUUCUCUGCCACGUUGUCCUCCUCUUCAAGUACCUCUGCGGAUUGGCAAACAUCCUUCUGGUUUUCUGCAUCAUUCCUGAUUACAUCGUGCCGUUCCUGCGUCGCAGAGUUGCAGAACCCGUCGUGGCCAUGCUCAAUCGCGUGCGGGCCGAGUUCGAAUUCAACAUCACCACCAUCCACCAGUACGAGGUGAGCGUCAACGCCAGCAAGAAGCUGUCGGAGGUGGCCUUCGACAUCAUGGAGGAAGUGUCCCAGCGUCUACAACCGGCACGGGAAGCGGUGGGACUCUUCGGCUACAUGUCCACUCUGGUCAUGCUCUACAUGUACCUGGGGGCUCUCCUGUACCGAAAACAUUACCUGCACGAGGACAGUUUCGACAACAUCUACAUCACCAAAUCCUUUCUCGAAAUGGACGCUGUGCGGAGGAAAAACAAGCGCCCAUCUGUGCUGCCCUUAUCGCCAAAGGAAAGCACCAAAUACAUCCGGCCAACUUCCCUGGUGCUGCCACGCAAGGAGCAGAUCGCCUAUGCUCUGGCCCUGGCGCGCAUCUGUCGGCAGUUUAUCCUGGUGAUUCUGCUCAUCGUGGCAGACUUCUCGGUCUACUGGCUGUUCGACUUGGUGCGCUACCAUCUGGUGGGGGAGAUCGUGGCCAGAGCGCCAAUGCUGACCACGAUCAGCGUGAACGGCUCCGGCUACACCAGCGAGCUCUACCGCGACUUGGUCUCCGCCUUCGACGUGCUCCAGGAGGGGAAUAUCAGUGUGGUCUCCCCCAAAUGCCGCCUGUACCCGUCGGAGCCCGACUACAACGGUUACCUCGUGAUCGGUCUCAUGUACGGGAUCUGUUUAUUCAGUGCCAUUUUUGGCACGUACAUACAACGUUUGCGGAGAGUUCUCUGCGCUUGGUAUUACCCUUCGCGGGAACGGGAGCGGGUUUGCUACCUGUACAAUACGAUUUUGACUCGAAGGACCAAACUUAUUAGCGCCGUGCUGAGGGCCGUACGGCAAAACUCGGCGGAUGAAGGGCACCGAAAUAUUUUACUCGUCUUUGCAGCAAAGAAAUUGGGCGUGCAUGAAGCGUAUUGCAUGGGCUGCGGGAAGAUCCAGCAGGGUGUGGAGAGCGAGGACUUUGUGACGUGCGUCACGCCAGCCUGCCGAGGGAUCUACUGCCCUGAAUGCUACAGGAUCCUUAACAACACCUGUUCCAUCUGUAUGGCCCCCCUCACGUACCAAGGGGACAUAGACGAGGAAAUAGAUUCGAGCGAUGAGGAGGCGAUGGUGCUCUGGACCAACGCCGUCCGUGCGCUGCGUGGAGUCCCGGAUGAGAAACGGCAGAAGCAGCGCCGGUUGCUGAAGAGACGGAUCCUGCGGGCGGUGAAAGGGGAAGGAGGGUGCCGGGCGUUGCCUGCCCAGCUGGCGAGGAAGAUCUUGGCCCAACUGAAAGAGGAGGAAGAGGAGGAGGAGGAGGAGGAGGAAGGGAGUGAAAGCGAGGAAGAGUCCUCCUCCAGUUCAGACGACGAGAGCAGCAGUACGUCGAGUUCGGACACAAGCCACCUUGACUUCAGUUACCAAAACGAGGCGGAGAUAAGCAGCGGUGAGGAGUUAGAAGUAAAAGCUGACCCAAAACCUCACUCGCAUAAAGUGGAGAGGCAAAUCCCCCCAAAAUGACUUUUUUCCCCUUGUGGAACGAUCUUCUUGUCUACGUAGAGAUGUCCACCUGAUA